UAACCCGGCCCAACCCGGCCCAACCCAGCCAAUGCUCAUAUGUCAUAUCCAUAACCAGCCGAAAACCCUAGCUACUGUCUUCUGUUCCAUUCCGCCUCACACAGACACAGGUUUUAGCAGCUCUUGAUUCCACAAAACCCUAGCUUCAACCAUGAGUAAGCUUCAGAGUGAUGCGCUGAGAGAAGCCAUCACAGGAAUUGUGGCUGAUUCGAAAGAGAAGAAUAGGAAGUUUGUUGAGACCAUUGAGCUCCAAAUUGGACUCAAAAACUAUGAUCCACAGAAGGACAAGCGCUUCAGUGGUUCUGUAAAGUUGCCACACAUCCCAAGGCCCAAGAUGAAAAUCUGCAUGCUUGGUGAUGCUCAGCAUGUUGAAGAGGCUGAGAAAAUAGGAUUGGAUUGGAUGGAUGUUGAAGCAUUGAAGAAGCUUAACAAAAAUAAGAAAUUGGUGAAGAAACUUGCCAAGAAAUAUCAUGCUUUCUUGGCUUCUGAAGCAGUCAUUAAGCAGAUUCCUCGUCUCUUGGGUCCUGGUCUCAACAAGGCAGGAAAGUUUCCCACACUUGUUACCCACCAAGAAUCUCUCGAGUCAAAAGUUAACGAGACAAAGGCUAUGGUCAAGUUUCAGCUUAAGAAGGUGCUCUGCAUGGGAGUAGCCGUUGGCAAUGUUAGUAUGGAGGAAAAGCAAAUCUUUCAAAACGUACAACUGAGUGUUAACUUCCUUGUUUCCCUGUUGAAAAAGAACUGGCAGAACGUUAGGUGCUUGUAUCUGAAGAGUACCAUGGGAAAAUCUUACCGUGUGUUUUGAGAGACUUAUUUUUUAUCUUUGAAAUUAAAAUUCUGUGAAAUUAUGAUCAAGAUUUUGAGUAUCUCACUAGCAUGACAGAUAUUUUCAUAUUAUUGAAGUUUUGUCGGAUGAAUUUUUUGUUUAUUAAUUUUUCGUUCAUGGUUUGGCCUCUAAAGUCUAAAGUGGUUACCGGCAUUGGAUCCUA